AUGGCAAGCCGGAGUCAAUCCCUCAGAAAAUUGAUCGCAUCGACGCGGCAAGUGACAAAGCCGGCCCAAACUUGUCAGCGCCAAUUUCAGACGCGAUGCCUGCACGCGACGUCGGCACGGCGGACUGAUGGUGUGUUCAGGGGGUUGACGGAUGGUCGUUUGCCCACCCCGUGGAUAGAAGCAUGGCGGAAACAGCAAGAGGGCGAGAGUACGGCUUCUUCCGAGGCCAAGCCGCAUGAGCGUGACACGACUCCCAAGAAGAUGAGCGACAGCUAUCAUCGUGUAGUGCUACCACUUGGCCAGGAUCCUUGGUUAUCUGAUACAUAUAUCAACUCGUCAGGGCAUAUCCGUCUCGGUACGAUAUUCAUGGACUUGGACGCGCUAUCAGGUAUCAUUGUCUAUAAACAUACUGGCCCUGGCGUCACCACAGUCACUGCCGCCCUGGACCGAAUCACUUUAUCCCAUCCCCUGACCGAAAUAUGCGAUCUUGAAUAUAGUGGACAAGUUACUUAUGCUACAGGCAGAAGUAGCGUAGAGAUUACGUGUAAAGUAGCAAGAGCAAGAGCCGAAGGAGAACCCAGCAGGCCAGAAGAUGUACUGCUUACUUGCACAUUCACCAUGGUUGCAUUGGAUCCGGAAACCAGAAAGCCGGUCAACGUUCCCGCUCUCGAAUACGACACGCCUGAAGAGGAGAGGGCCUUUAGAGCUGGAGAGGCGAAAGCGUUGGCCAAGAAGGAGCAUAGGAAGAUUUCCCUGCUGUCUACCGAACCGGACGACCCAGAGUCAGCUUUGAUACAUAAGAUAUGGCUGAAGCAAGUUCAAUAUCACGACCCGAAUGAUGGGCUUCGGCAACCCAAGAAUGUUAUUAGCAUGGGGAGAACACGACUGUCCACAGCAACGAUCAUGCAGCCGCAAUAUAGGAAUCGCCAUCAGACUAUGAUAUUUGGAGGCUACCAUCUGAAGCAGACGUUCGAGCUUGCUUUCUGCUGUGCUGCCAGUUUCGCACAUGCGCGACCUACAUUUAUUAGUGCAGAUCCCUGCACAUUCAAAAACCCGGUCCCGGUAGGCAGCGUGCUGUACCUAACCGCAACCGUCGCCUACACGGAUCCACCAUUGCUCGAGGAAGAUGGCAGUGAGCCAGGCCAGAAAGAUGCAGAGAAUCCAGUGACAAGGGUUCAUGUGCGAGUAGAUAGCAAAGUGAGGGAUGUUGAACAUGGUAACGCGAGACCGACGGGCCAAUUCAACUACACAUUCUCGGUCCCAAAGUCGAUCAAGGUUAUGCCCUCUACAUACCAAGAAAUGAUGAUGUACGUCGACGCACGGCGACGUGUGAGGCAGGGGGAUAUCCAACAACAGCAGGAGCAAACAGGGUCAGAAAAAGAACGCAAGCAGUUGGCGAAUGGCUCAAAUCUCACAGAAUGA